AUGAAGCGGCUUGACAUUUUAGUUUCUAUUUUUUUAAUUGCUGCAAUAAAUCAGUUCCUCAUCUGCACAUGCAGUCCAAUAUUCACGUUUGAUUUCUUUGGGAAAUCGCAAACUACGACGCCAGAAUCUGUAAUUAGCGACUUUAGACAGCAAAAGAAGACAGACUCGAGUUUCGAGCAUUCAAGUGCUUUAAAAAAUGUGACUGCUGAAGAGGAACCAACUUAUUCAGAAAGUAAUGCAGACUUUUAUGCUGAAGUAUUUGGUCGUUUGAUCGGAUCAGUUCGUAGUAGUUUUGCUGAUUUAAUUGGGGAUAUAAAGAAACGGAAUCAAUAUUUUAGGAACCGAACUGACAAGAAUCAAAAUAAAACAGCAGAUGAGCUUAGCCUGGAAGCUGUAAUGAGGCAGCUGGUGAUACUUAAUGAGACAUCAUCAAAUUCACUCAAUGAUGAAUCGGAAGUGAUGUCACGAAAGACAAAAAGGAAUCCAUUUAAUGACGAGGUAGGUCAACUAACAAUUCCAAUAAAUUUAAGCUCAUUUGAUUUGAUAUCUGAAGAAGCCUACACAGCAUUAAGUGAUGACAUGACUAAUAAGGAUGAUCAUUGGCUACGGAAAUAUUAUGAAUAUUUCGAGCAAAUUAAGGAGAAUCAUCAUAACAGGAAGGAGAAAAAAAUUAUGAACUUAUUUAAACUUAUUUUAACGCCUGUACUUAAACUUAAUAAAACGGAAGUAGAUGAACCGACAUUUGAUGACGACAUAAUGUUCAGCAUAAUUCAAAAUAAUCAUACAAUUGGACAAGUCACGCCAUUCCAAAUUUUAAGGAUAUUACAUAAAGAAAGCAACGACAGAAUACAAUUAAGGAUGAAAUUGAUCCUUAAAAGGAUUGUCUAUAAAUAUGCACGGCUGUACUACAUAGCAAGAAAGAAUUACAAAAACUCAAAUGGACAUCAUCAAGACAUUCAAACUGACGAAAGUGACAGCUUUAGACUUUUAAAUGACAUGCCUGAGAAUGAUAUUUCUGAUAGUGAAUUUGAGUUCUCAACUAAUGACGCUAAGCAUAACUUUCAGUCGAUUGAAGGCUUUGCGAUAUUGUUUCUGGAAAUUUUUGGUGCCUUUUUUGCAUUGUAUAAUGGGUUUUGGGCUCAACUUGAAGGAGGAUACUUUUAUGAUCUCUUAGAGUAA